AUUGAAGUCCUCUUGGAAAAUGUGUCGGUUUAAAUUCAAUAGAUCUAUUGUGGAAUUGUAGCGAAGUUAUUUGUGAGUCCUUUGCGUCCUUUUUUUUCAGGAGUCAAAAAUUGAAACCCUUCCCGGGUAUGGAGGAUACAAAUGUACGCUCCAGUGCUCCCAGGAUGGGUGGCGAAGCCAGCCCCUGAACAUCAAACGUUGCUUUGUAUUUUCAGACAAAAUACAAAUUUGUUUAUCAAGACGGUCUCCAAAUGAAGGCUCCUGCCUCAGCCUCCCUAAGUCCUGAGAUUACAGGCUACCACAUUGUCACUGCCCAGCAAAUGGCCAGAGCAAACCAAACGUCCUGACUCUAAAAGUGCAUUGCUGUCACAAAGUACACAACCCAGCUCUGCUGACCCACAUCCCUCUGCAUCCUAAAGCUCCAAGCUUUGUCCUCUCCAGAGCUGAGAAAUGCAACCCAACCUCUCCCAGGGAGUCACACCAGAGCUUCUCUCCUCCUUUAGCAAAAAUUCACUCUAAAUUAUUUGUAUUUAUUUUAAUUAAUUUGUGUCUGCGUGUGAGUGAGGUGCACUCGGAAGCCAGAAGGUUGAAGGUACAGGCGCUUAAGAGAAGCCAAGCACGGGUGGUGAGGCCCGAACUCCGACCCUCUGGAAAGUAGUGCAUGCGUAGGGCAGUCUCCUGUCCCCGAGCCCUCUCGUUCCCCAUGUCGUUCUGCUUUAUUUCUUCCUCAAUCUCUCAGAGGUAGUGGGGACCCAGAUGCUCCAGACUCAUACUGGACUACAGCCGACUGCAAUACUCAACACGCAGGGAGGUCCAGCGUCCCACUGGACCCCUGACCCGGAAGGGACCUAAGGACCGGAAGUGAUGGUAGCCUCGCAAUCCCCGCUUCCCUAGCAACCUAAUUGGCUCCUUAGCGACGUGAAGUGGCUGUGCAGUCCUUGGUCCCGCCAUGCCGGUGCGAGUGAGCGAGUUCAGCUGGCAGCAGACACCGGCCGCACUCUUCCUGUCGCUGCCUCUACGGGGCGUCUGCGUGCGCGAUGCUGAUGUGUUCUGUGGGGAAAGUUACCUGAAGGUUAACUUUCCUCCAUUUUUAUUUGAGGUGUUUCUCUAUGCUCCCAUAGAUGAUGGGAAGAGCAAAGCCAAGAUUGGAAAUGACACGAUUCUCUUCACAUUGUAUAAAAAGGAGCCAGUUCUGUGGGAGAGCCUUUCUAUGCCAGGCGUUGAUAAAGAGAUGAUGCAGAGAAUAAGAGAAAAAUCUAUCUUGCAAGCACAGGAGAAAGCAAAAGAGGCUACAGAAGCGAAAGCUGCUGCCAAGCGAGAAGAUCAGAGAUACGCCCUAGGCGAGAUGAUGAAGAUUGAAGAGGAAGAGAGGAAAAAAAUAGAAGAUAUGAAAGAAAAUGAACGGAAAAAAGCAACCAGAGAAUUAGAAGCGUGGAAAGAAUGCCAAAAGAAAGCUGACGGACAAAAACGAGUCCAGAGGAAGGAGAAACCGCUACAGGGAAAGCAAGCUGAAGAGAGGGGAGCACUAAAACCUCAGAGUUUGCCCCGGAAGGCCCCGCCCACUCGCCUCCCCACAAGAGGGAGGAAUUGGGAAAACAUAUUCUCUGAGAAGUUAAAGGAAGACAGGGUCCCUGCACCUCGCUCUGCUGGCAGCAUUCAGAUCAGCUUUACCCCUCGAGUGUUCCCAACCGCUCUACGGGAAUCCCAAGUUGCAGAAGAGGAAGAGUGGCUGCAUAAACAAGCAGAGGCCCGGAGAGCCAUGAGCACUGAUCUUCCGGAAUUUUCUGACUUAAAAGAAGAAGAGAAGAAUCCAGACUGGUUGAAAGACAAGGGAAACAAAUUGUUUGCAACAGAAAACUACUUGGCAGCGAUUGACGCCUAUAAUUUAGCCAUACGAUUGAACCGUAAGAUCCCAGUACUGUAUUUGAAUCGGGCUGCUUGCCACCUCAAGUUAAAAAACUUACACAAGGCCAUUGAGGACUCUUCUAAGGCUUGCAAGAUUAUGAAGCUGCACUUAAGAUCGACCCAGCCAACACAGUUGUACAGAAUGAUGCCGAGAAGAUUCGGAAUAUAAUUCAAGGGACAACACUGAAGUCUCAUGACUAGAUAGAUACAGCUCGGUAUAGCAGUCCCUGCACGUACUCUAGCUCUGUAAAGCAGUGUUAGAGAUUCUUUGCAAUGGCAGUGCUUGAGGGAUCAUUUCCAAGGUAAAAACUAUCUCUCACGGCCUUUGAUCCCAGUACUGGGAAGGCAGAGGUAGGCAGGUCUCUGUGAGCUUGAGGCCAGCCAGAGCUACACUGCGAGAUCCUGUUUCAAAGUACAAAAGAAAGCACAGAGAAGGGGCCAUGUGAAUCUUCAGUCUUAGGACAGGGCUUUGACGUUGCUGUUCUGAACCGCCUGUGCCUGUCCUUGGAAUUAAGCUGUUGGCAUUUCCAGGAUACUAUGGAGGAAUCAACAGGAUAGAAUUUCCACAUAUAAGAUUGUGCUUAUAAAGUAUUUUAUUAUAUUAAAUAUAGUAUUUCAUUCUGAAUGAUUGGCUUUGGUAUAGACAAUUUUUAGUCACUUACAGAUACACAUAAUCGUAUUUUGUUCUUUAUAUUAUUUGUUGUUUUCGUCUAGACCAGUUACAGUGUAAUAUGUAUUGCAUACCAACCCUGGGUCUUCUGGGUAAAAAGAUGUAGAAUGCCAGGCUAGCCUGGGCAACAUAGUGAAAUUGUCUCACGAAAAAGUGAAGAAAUAAACAACAGAAAAACAAGUUACUCUGAAAACCUUGUUUAUUUUUCAAGAGAUGUAUUUAUAUUUAAUUUUCUGUGCAUGGGUAUUUUGCCUGUAGGGAUGUGUGCCACAGUUGUAUGCAGUGCGUGCAGUGGCCAGCAGAAAGCACUGGGUCUUUUGGAACUGGAGUUAAAGACAGUUGUGAGUCACCAUGUGGGUGCUAGAAAUUGAAGCCAAGUCCUCUGGAAAAUCAGACAGUGCUCUUAAUCACUGAGCCAUCUCUCCUGUCCCUAAACCUUAUUUUGAAUUUAUAGGCUGUUGUUGAAAACAAAACUGAGCAGGGUCUUGUAUGCCUUUAGUCUUAGCACUCAAGAGUAGGAAAUAGAAUGAAGAUGCCAGAUUCCAGGCCAGCUUGGGCCACAUAGCAAGACUGAGUCUCAAACCAGCUAACCAAGGGCCAGUGUGAUGGCUUAGUGUUAAGAACGCUUGUGGCUUAUCCAGAAGACUCAAGUUUAGUUCCCAACUCCUACAUUAGGUGUCUCACAACCACUUGGAACUCCAACUUCAAGGAUCCGAUGGAUGCCUUCUUUGACCACUCCGAGCACUAUUGUAGUUGCUUUUGGGCGUUCUGUUUGGGGGCUAUAAAGACACGGAGACAUCUUUAUAGUAUAAGUCUGUUAGCCUUUUUGCUGAGGGCAGUCUCCUGAGCUAGCCAUCCAAACCCAACUAUUCACCUCCCAUCGCUCUAUCACAUGACUGUGGCUCACCAGCUUCCUCCCUACUCUGCUCCUCCCCCAGCUUCAGUCUCCAGUUCUUUUCAUCAAAAAAGCCACUCCUCCUUCCUGUUACAAAAAACUUAUUAGCAUGGAGGGAGAGGUUUCCCAGUUUACUCACUCUGAACCAAUCAGCAGCAGGACUAUGCCCAGUCUAUCUCUUAGUGUGGCCUUUUGGGCAGAUUGAGAGCUAGGUCACCCCCAAACCCAGGAUAGCUUGACUUUUAACAAGAUAAUCUCAGAAUUAUUUACAUGGUUUUCAGGCAGGUGAGGAGGCACCAUUUACAUAUAGAAAGCAGUCUUGUGGGCUAUAAAAAUGACAAUAUCAUAUAUCCUGCCAGCACCUGGCACUGCAGUUACAGCAAUUAACAGUUGAGAAUACAGGGGCACACAUUCACACUGAUACAAUAUAUGUGGGGGUAGGUUAUCCCAACAGAGCACAAAUUCACAUGGUGCAUACACACACAGUAAAAAUAAAGUUUAAAGACUCCAUCCCAAUAAAAGUUAAAACAAAUUUAGUUUGUAGAUUUUGAUGUUUUAAGACAGCGUCUUAAAACAGUCUGGGCUGAAAUUCAUAGUGGUCCUUCUGUUUCAGCCUUACCAAUGCAAGGAUUACAAAUAGUUACUAUAGCUAGGCAGUGGUGGCAUCUGCCUUUAAUCUCAGCACUCAAGAGGCAGAAGCAGAUGAAUCUCUGUGAGGGUUAGAGGCUAGCCUGGUCUACAGAUCAAGUUCCAGGAUAGCCAGGGCUACAGAAAGAAACCCUGUCUUCAAACACCAAAAAAAGAAGAAAGAAAAACGAACAAAAAAUAAACAUAUCCUAGAGCUGGGUAUGGUGUGGUGCUUCACACCUCUAAGCUUAGGAGGCUGACACAGGGAUGAACCAUCUCACUGGCCCCUCUUUACUCAUUUUUGGGAGGUAGUGUGACAGAAGCUAUGUAUCCCAGGCUGGUCUUGAAAUCACGGCAAUUCUCCUGCCUUAGCCUUCCAAGUAUUGGGAUUUUAGGUGUGGGCCACCAUGCCCAGCUAAAUGGUGAUACACUUCUUAUAUUUGGCUUUUAGAGGUAAGGCCUCACUCUGUAGUCCUGCCUGGUCAGGAACUCCCUUUGAAACCCAGCUGGCCUCAAAGUUGCAAUCCUCUUGCCUCAGCUUCCUGAAUGCUGGGUUCCUGUGAGCCACCAGCCCGGGCUGCUAUCUUCCUUUGUCUUAGUAAGUAAACGUAGUGUCAUGUGCUCUGAUGGAAGUCCCUUGCAGCUUAGUAGCUCCAUACACUUUGGAUGCUAGCCAAGCACUCUACCAACUAGGCCAAAUGCAUGGCCUGAGAUAGGUCAUUCUUGAGCCAAAAAGGAGUGAUCAUUGUUGUCAAUAAAAGGAUAAGGAGAGGGGGGAUAUAUUCUAUGGGGGUCUGGGGGAAGGGGGUCCCUCAGCAGGCCCAUGCUGAGGUACCUCUUCCCCUGAGGGACAAGCCACAGGACUUGUAAAGUAUAGAAUAGAGUUUAUUCAGGGCAUGAGGAGGGGAGUUAAGAGGGUAGUAGGGCAGAAAGAGAAAGAGAGAAGAAGAGAAAUAAAAAAGGAGAGCAGGAAAGGAGUAGAGCACGUGGAAAGAAGAGUGGAGAAUGGGGAGAGAAGAGACAAAGGGGUAAAAGAGAGGAAGCAGGAGCAAGAACAAGAAGAGUGAGGAGGGGGCAAAUAUCCCCUUUUAUAGUGAGUCAGGCAUACCUGGCUGUUGCCAGGUAACUUGGGGAUGGAGCUUAGAAUGCUAACAAUCAUAGUCCAAAAACAAUGAUUCAAGUGGUCCCUGUAUAAUGACUAUUCCUAGUUGUCAACUUGACUAUAUCUGGAAUGAACUAAAAUCCAGAAUUGGAGGGUUCACCUGUGAUCCAGAUUUUGAAGCUGGAAGACUCAAGUUUCUGACCUGGAUCUCAACAAGGAGAUCUUGAGGCAUAGUGGCUAUAAAAAGUUUAGGCCCAGGCAAGGUUGUAUACACCAUUAAUGCCAGGAAACUAAGGCAAGGAGAUCUCUGAGUUCAAGGUUAGCCUGGAACAAAAAGGUGGUACACACCUUUAAUCUGGGCCACACCUUCUGCUGGAGACCUACAUAAGGACACUGAAAGAAGGAAGAUCCCCUCUUCCCCUGCUUGCAUUUACUUGCCAACACAUCCAUUGGAAUCUACUUCUACAGAAGAGCAGCUGAAACAACUAACCUCAUGGGACUGAGCAACUACUAGGUUCUUGGACUUCCCAUCCACAGCUGACCAUUGUUGGGGAGUUGGACUACGGACUGUAAAUCAUCAUAAUAGAUUCCCUUAAUUUAUAGAGACAUUCCAUAAGUUCUGUGACUCUAGAGAGCCCUGACUAGUACAGCCUCUAACAACAUGCUUCAAUGUGAAAAUAAGAAAUUUAUAAUUACAGAACAAAAAAAGCCACAAAUCCAGGCACCUUUAAAUACACUGGAGGGAAUGGCAGGUCACAGUAAAGCAAGGCUUAAGAUGCUAUUUGAAACAUUCUUAGCUGCUGGGUUGUUAGAAACAAAUGAUCUACUAAGUUAAUGCAUUCCAAGGUAUGACUACCUCAUAAUCACAGGAUGUCAGGUCAGAUACAGAGUUGGGAUGAACAGCUAGUAAGGGUAUCAGAGAUAGUCCCAACGACUGUCUCUAAAUUUGUAACAUUCCAACUCACAACCUUUAAAAUUCUUUUAACAGGGGUGUGUGUGUUCCUGGGAACUUCAGUUCAGUUGUUUGAGGCAGGGUCUCAAUGAGUUGAUCAGGCUGACCUUGAACUUGCUAUUCUCUUGCCUCAGUCUCCCAAGUGGUUGUUAUAGGUCUGUCUAUAUUUGGAUUUUGGUAGUGUAGACAUAGGCAAGUUAAUUAUAAAGUGGGGUACUCUCUGAGUGGGUUUGUUGUUUUUGGAGUUUUACUGUGUUAUCCCAGGUUGGCCAUGAAAUUGUGGGUCUUCAUGCUUAAGUUGGCAGAGCAUUCAGGGCACAAGUGAACUCCAGCAUACCUAGCUUUGAACACUUUAACAUUUGUUUUUUAUUUUUAAUUGUGUGUGUGUGUAUAGAUAUUGGUGAGUGCAGAUGCCUCUGAGGCCAGAGGCAGAGGGUCCCUGGAGAGCUGGAAUGACAGGGGCCAUGUGUCCCCUCCCCUUCUCCCAUGUAGCUUGGGACAAAACAAGAGCGGUCUGUGCUCUUAACUGCUGAGCCAUCGUUUCUGCCCCUGAACAUGUACUUGUAUGGUAGGGUCCAGUAGUUUACAUCUGGAGGCUAAGGUGGUUCUAGACUUUAUAGAGAGUUCUGGGCUAGCUGGGUUGCAGAGUGAGACCCUUUUUCUAACAUAAAUAAAUGAACAAGGUCACUGUCACUAACUUAAUUUUUUUAUUUCUUAAAAGUAAUUUUAGAAAAUGUAUUUGUAUUUUUAUAAUUAAAAGUUAUUACAUUUCAAAUGUUCAAAAUUAGGUAUUCUAGACUUAAAAACUAAUAUCCUCAGGACAUUUUCUCUGUCAGAAGGAUGGAUUUCACAGUGUGUGUUGAUAAUUAGGAGAAUCGACAGUUCUGGUUCGGUCAGGCCCAAUGUUCAGGCUGUUGUUUUGAUAAAAGCCGGUUGCUCUGAGGUGCUCUGUGAACAUUUGCUCCUGUGGCAGGUACUUACAGGGCAGGAAGUAGGGCCUGGGUGAGAAGGCCCCGUACUGGCUGGCAUUGGUCUUGUACAUAAUCAUCUGGGGUUUGGACAGUGAGGUGGACGUGUGCAAUGUCUUAGGGUCCAACAUACAGGAAAACACGGGGUUGCCAGGGUUUAUGCAUGGAGCUGGUGGUUCAGCAGGUCUCAUUUCUGCAUCUGAAGUCAAAGAAGUUUUCUUAUCCUAAAAGGAAUAAAAACCACCCUGAGUUACAAGGCAUCUACUUGAUUUAUCCCCUCAACUUUUCUUGGAUUUUUUUCUUUCCUGCUUUUUUUUGUUUGUUUGUUUGUUUUGUUUUUGAGAUAGGGUCUUACUAUACAGCCUUAGCUACAGCUCACUAUGUAGACUCCUGCCUCUCUAGUGCUAGGAUUAAAGUCUAGAGCCACCAUAUCUGGGUCUUUCUCUCACUUUUUUAGAGAAAGUCUCAGGUGGCCCAGGCUAGCCUAGAACUCUGUGUGGUUGCAGAUAACCCUGAACUUCUGAUCAUCUGGCCUUCAACCUUCCAAGCAAUUAGGAUCAUGGCACAGGUCAUCAUAUCUACCUAUGUUUUACUUAAUCUUUUAAAUCCUUCGGCCAGUGCAACUUAAAAAGAAAAAUCACUCGAAUUACAGGCCGUCCUGUUACAUCAUCUAUGGAGGCCUCUGUCCUGAGCAGCCCUGCCUACUUCAAAAUGUGUGCUGCUGUCUUCCUCUUACAUGUCUCUACCUUCUCUUAAUGUCUGUGCUGCAACCUACACUGAAUGUUUCCUAAUGAACUCCAGCCUUGAUUUAUACUUAACUCCUGAAACUGUGUCAGUCAAUAACCUUUCUCACCCAAGAGGGUCUCUGGAAAGAACUUGCUCUGCUUUAUCUGGUGGGAUGUUGCUGGCUCCAACUGUUGCUGGUACACUCAAGUCUUCCUGGUUCUUUAAAGCAAGAAUCUCAUUUUGUAGCCCAGACUGGCUUUGAACUCAAGGAACUACUCUUACCUCAGCUUCCUGAGUGCUGGCAUUGUAGCAGACUUGUGUCAGCAUGCUUGGCUAUGAAAUUUCUUGUACUAGCUCCAUAACACUUUUUAUAAACCUACAGUUAAAAGUGAGGCUGUGUGCAAGUGUAGUUUAACUAGUGUGAACUGGUGUUCUCUAAAGAAGUACUAGGGUGACAGGGCUAGCCACCAUUCCUGGCUGCUUUUCGUAUUUCAUUGGUAACUACAGGGCAGAAUUGUCUCUGGUGUGGCACACCUCUGAAUUUCAACAUUGUGGAGUCACCAGGAUGAGUUCACUAAGUCUGAAGCUAGCCUGGUCUACACAGGGGUUUCUGGACCAGCCAAAGCUCCAAGGUUACAUUACAAGAUUCUGCUUCAAAGACAAAAACAAGGCACAAUGUCUGGUGGCACUUGGGAGGUGCCACAAACUUAAGGUCAUUCUUGGCUACACAGGGAGUGAACUACAUGAAACCCAGUUUCAAAACAAAACAAAAAGUACUGCACAUGGAGUGCCAUGGAAUAGUGUAUGCAUUCAAUCCCCCGUACUAGAAAACAAAACGCCAAAACACACUAUAGGAGCUACCUAUCCUAGGAGGCCAAGGUCCCUGGCUUUGUCAGUCAGAGAAAACAGAGACCCUUGUAGCAGAUGACUUAAUCAUACAGUGUUGUUCACUAGAGUCUACAGUUCUCUGUCUAAAUCUUUCAAGCUUCCCCAUUCUUCCCCAUGCUCCAAGGCAGUAACCCCUCCCAGCAGCCUUGGAAGGAUGCUAGAUCUAGGGGGAGUGGCCAGACCUUGUUGUGCUAACAGGAGUAAUCUAAAGAUGCUCACCAAAUCUCUAGCAAGGUGUGGUAACACCAUAGGCACUACCACUGUCAGAGGUCAGGGGUUGUUAAGAGUUCAAGGGCAGGUAGUCCUUGAAUCUAAUGCUUUUUGAGUUUCUCUUUAUAUUUCUCUCUCUCUCCUUGCUUCUCUCUCCCUUUCCUUUCUAGGUAAGAAGCUCAGAAGAGAAGCAUAUAUACAUUUAGCUAUCUACCAAAGGCAAGUCUUUCCUUAUGGGCAAGUCCUUCCUGUGGUCUCACUGUGGACUGCCUACUUUCACCUCCCAUCCCCAACAGCAAAUUUCCUGGAGAAAUUGGAAUCCUUAGGACUGUAGACCUAGGCCACCAUGCCCUGCUAGUUAGGUUCUGGUUAAGAUAGCUGAGCUGUUUCUCAAUUCCAGGAUUCUUUUAGUAUCUAAGUAAAGUUCAGUUUCUGAAUGUUAAAUUAAAAAACAGGUUGAGGAUGUGGCUUUGUUGGUAGCAUGCUUCCUAACAUAUAAAGAGGUCCUUGGGUCUAUUUCCAGCACCACAUAAACUGGGCAUGAUGGCUCAUUUCAGUAAUCACACGGAAGAUCAGAAGGGUCAUCUCAGGGAGACAGAGGCCAUCAUGGGAUACAAGAGGCCCUGUCUCCAAAGAAAAAUUUUUAGGAAUUAGAAUACUAGAAAAGUGUGAUGUAUGGCAGGAACUUCCUUCUAGAUGCAACCCACUUAAAAAUAGCUAAAAACACCAACAAAACCCAAACCACAGCUUUUGAGCUAGCUUGAAGGGAAGGUGAAUGGAAAUAUUAAAUACUGGAUAAAUGGAUUUCUCUUCUUUUUUUCUUCAAGAUGUACUCACUUUAUGUAUAUGGGUGCUUUAUCUGCAUGUAUACCUGUGUACCAGAAGAUGGCAUCAGCAUACAUGCUGUGAGCCACCAUGUGGUCGUGGGAAUCAAACUCAGGAUCUCUGGAAGAGCAUACAGUGCUCUUAACAGAUAAGCCAUCUCUCCAACCCAGUUGGUUUUCUUUUGUUGUUGUUUUUUGUUGAGACUGUUUCAAUAAUUACCUGGCCCCAAACUCCUGGCAAUCCUCCUGCCUUCAUAGUGCUAGGAUUCUAGGUCUGGCCACCAUGACUAACCACACCAUGGGCUUUCUUUGGUUAUUAUUACCAUGCCCUUCAGUUACCAAGGGCCCCAGUUUUCAUAAAUCACCCUUGCUACUACUGGCCCUAAAGCUAAGUCACCUUCAACUCUAGAUUUAAUCAUUUUAAAAAGUCACUUCAAAUGAUUGAAGUCACGUCAGGGGGACGAUACUAUCUCCUUACAUCUCCGUUAUAAUUGAAGAUGUUGAGAAGUAAUCAAAGUACACCACGUUACCCCACUCACUGUAAAACCAGCUGUUAUUUAAAUUUUAACAGAGUGUGGCAGCUUAGGCCUGUAAUCCUAAUACUCGGGAAGUAGAGGCAAGAGUUUCUGGAGUUCAGUGCCAGCUACACAGAGAAUUGAAGUCAGUCUCAGUUACUCUGAGAAGCUCUGUCUAAAAAACAAAACAAAACAAAACAAAAAAACAAACCACCACUCCAAACUCCCCUCUCAUCCAAACAAAAAACGAGGGGUUAGGGAUCAACCUCCCUGGUAGAGUGCUUUCCAAGUAGUCUGAGGCUUGAGGUUCAAUCCCUCCCUAGUUACAGCAACACAAAUAUCAGACCUAAACUGUGAACUAACUUUUGCCCAAUCAGCUUGCUAAAUUUCCUUUAUUAUUUACUCACUAGCCAGGUAGGGGACAGAGUGCGCUGUGUUCUCCCUCUCCCAUCCCUUUAGACAAGGCAUACUAUAAAUGACAUAAACAUGAAGGUUCUAAGGCUGGGAGGUGUAGCUCAGUAGAACAGCAGUUACCUACCACGCACAAGUCCCUGAGUUCGAUCCCCAGGACUGCAAAUAGAUAUGCAAAAAAACCCCAUCCUGAACAAAAGAUCAUUUGUAGUGAGAUGCUUCCUUUACACCUUAAAGUAAUUUCUUUGUGGAUCGUGCAUUUAAAUUUAUAAAUAUAAAAGCUCGGUGACUAACUAGGUUAAUGAGUGGGAGUAGAUGGUGCCUCAAACACUAUUAUGAAUUCGAUUUUCAAAAGCAUCUAGCUCUCCGCCCAAACCCACCAAGUCGCAGUCUGUCUCUCCCGCCAUCUUAAUCUCUUCAGCAAAAGCAACUUUUUCCUGAUAGCGAGAAGUCUGACGAAGGCGUGGGUCUUCUUACAGAAGAAGAACCGACGGAAAGCAGCACCAAGGACGAAGCCAGAACGAUCCGAGUCGCAUAAACUGCAAUUUCUGAGGAGGGAGAGGUGGAUGGAAACCCUCUGUCUUCCAGUGUGGCAGCCCGUCUCCAUGGCAACCGGCUGCAGGCAUGGGAGCCCGGAUGUUGUGGAGAUCCGCGGUCGUCCCGCCCAGCUUCCGGCAGCCUCAGGAAGGCGGGCUGUACGAGUCUUAGGGAGUCGUAGUUCUUUCUCCUCGCCGCGAGCUGGCCGGAGGUGCAGAAGGUACUUCAAUUCCCAGCAUGCCGUGCUGCGCCGCGUCUGCCACCGCUUCCCCGCUGCGGACGCCCGCGAGCAGGUUGUUGUUUUUAUGAGGCGUCACUGGCGUCUGGAGCCGGGACGCCGCCACGGUUACAGCUGGCGCGGUCGGGCGGAAGAGGCGCUGUCUUCGGGUAGGACCCUGGGGCUCAGGUCGGGCGGGUGGGGCGGCCGCGGGCUGCAACUCGUGUCUUCAGGAGCAGCUCCCGGAGGCUUUCUCCUGGUGGACGCCUUGGUUCUCCCGCGACCUCCGGCGGAGGGCGCGACCUGGCAGGUGUUAGGUUCGGGCUCGCGGGCUGCCCGCGAGCUUGCAGCUGUGCACCCCGGGAUUCGGGUGCGGCUGCAUCUAUAUGCUAAGAUGCCGGGUGCGUAACCCUGAACCCGCCCUGAGGUACCAGGUGUCAGGAAUGGAAAAGUGCCAACGUACACCCCAGAAGUACACUCCUGUUCAGCCUCGAAGCCCUUCCAAACCCCCCUCACCCCCCCUUUUCUGCCGGUUCUUCACCCUUCCCCUCCGGGUCCUCCCCAGCGUUUGUCAGCUGGCGGGCUUGUGCUAAGUAGCUGCUGCCGAGUGCCGGUUUUUUUUUUGUUUACCUUUCAUUGGUUCCAGCUCUGCUAGGGGAAGCGCCGGAGUUCUCAGCCGGUUGGGGUGUUUUUGUUUUGUUCUGUUUUGUUUUUGAGGAGUGAACCAUGCACUGCCCUCUCCUGCUUUUGCUUUAUUAGCUGUAUGGGGCUGUUUGUACCUAGAAUGGGCAGCCAGUUUAUUACUCUCAGGAGUGCUGAGACCUUUCCAGCAAGGUCACAUAAUGUUUGAAAUGUCAGCACUAACUAUACCAGUCUUAAAGUCUCAAUAUCUUUUCUCUUUUCUUUCACCUUUUUUUUUUUUUUUUUAAAUUGGGGUGGAUGGGCUGGUUUUUUUGGUUGGUUUGGUUUUGGUUUUUUGAGGUAAGGUUUCUCCGUGUAUCCCCCAGC